AGCCUCGGGAUCAGGCGUAACAUCACUAGGAGUUGCCUCCUCUGACUAAUGCGCUAAAACGAUCGGAAAAGCAAACUUUCUAAUACAAAUGGAAAAAUCUAGCUAUAUUUCAUACUUGCAAAAACAUGUGUCAACGUAAACGCUUAACACCAGGACUGUAGGAAAAUUUUUAACUUGCUCAUAGUCAUUAGAGGGCAGUAAGUACUGCUCUGCAGGUGCUACUGUUGCAUGCGUAUGUAACAAUCAACGUAAACAAAUCGUCUAAAUAUACAUAUAGUUGGUCAGUAGUUGCCUCUAGACGAGUGUGGGGGUCUGUAUGGAAUCAGGCUGAUGUGUCUACAGACUUUGUGUCCUUAUGCUUGUGUCAUAGCUUCCUUUAUUUUCUGAAAGUAAUGCGUUUGGCCAGAAAUGUUGAGAUUACAGGACUGAUAUCACGGUGCUUUUGAAGCUAGAAAAGAAGUUAGUUAUAUAGUUAUCUGAAGAAUUGCAGGAAUGGUAACCGAGUCAUAAACUUCCUCAUUUCCAAAACAAACUCUAUGCGUGUGCGUGCGCGUGCGUGUUUUUAAUAAAUACCCUGUAGUGCAGUAGGGCUUGGUUAGCACAGAUUUGUCUGCAUACAGGUGCACACAACAUAAUCCCAAAACAUGGCCUUAAAGCAGGAGGAUCUGUUGCGAGAUAUGCAGAAGUGUUUUAUCAACCUGAAAGCUGAAGAGGAUAGAAAAGAGACAGUAAAUUGGAGAGAACGUGAGGACAGUAUUGAUAUCCAAUGUACAGACUUUCCUGAUUUCUCAGAGGAUUUCCGUCAGAUUGUUAAAGCCGGCUGGCUAGAGAAAACUCCUCCGAAAGGUGGGAAGAUUUAUCAGCGCCGAUGGGUGCAACUGGAUUCAGAAUAUUUGAGAUAUUUUCAAUCCAUAAAGGAAGUAUACUCUAAAAGGAUGGUGUCUCUGGGAUCUGUUGAUAAGGUGGUCAGUGUUGGAGACUUGAGAUUUGAGCUCCGCAGUCAGAGCCGCACUUUCCUGUUUCGGGCGGAAAGCACUCAGGAAAGAAAUGACUGGGUGUGCUGUAUUGAAAAGAUUCUGAGUGAUCGCAAACAACAUCUGGAGCCCCGGAAUUUGUUCUUUAGAAACGGAAGUGUGAAUAUUAGUUUCGAGGGCUACAUGGAGAUGUUGUCACCACGCACCAAAGUCUACACACUUAUUAGCAAGGACAAACUGUUCAUCUUUAAGAGCCAUGAGGAAUAUUUUCAGGGUGUAGGCAUCACUGAUAUAGACAUGCGAAUGGCCAAUGUGAGAGAUGGAGAAAACAAGCGUUCUUUCACGCUCACCACUCCGUACAGAGCAUUCAGUUUUAUGGUGGAUUCAGAAAGUGAGAAGCAGAGAUGGUGUGAGGCGCUUACUGAGUGUGUGAGUCGCGCUCUGUCCUGUGAAGGGUUGUGUGAGAGCAUUUGGCGUGUGCCAUCAAACCGUUUGUGUGCGGACUGCAGCUCUUCGAUGCCGGAGUGGGCUUCAAUCAACCUGUGUGUUCUGCUGUGUGAAAAGUGUGCAGGUGCACACAGAAGUCUGGGCCAGAAUGUGUCAAAGGUUCGCAGUCUGAAGCUGGAUGAACGAGUGUGGACUGAUGACCUCAUCAGGGUUUUCCUGCUGCUGGGUAACGGCAAAGCAAAUCAGUUCUGGGGUGCAAAUAUUCCCCCGAGUGAGAGUCUCUGUUCGAGCGCGAACAGCGAGAAACGUCUUGAACACAUCACAGCAAAAUACAAAGAUGGAAAAUAUCGCAAAUACCACAUACUCUAUGGCCAGCAGGAGGCGCUCAACAGUGCUCUGUGUUCAGCGGUGCAGUCUGGUGAUUUGUUGGAGACUCUCUCGCUGCUGAAUUGUGGGGCGGAUAUCAACUGCAACACUGGUAUCCCAGAACUCCCUACUCCACUGUCUCUGGCCAAACGCAGUGGCCAAACAGUACAAGCAGAGCUGCUUAUGCAGAACUUGAGCACAGAGUCGUUUACACGAGUGGAUAAAGAUGUCUCCAUUCGAUCUCAGUGUGGCUAUCUUUUUAAGACCGCUUCAUCAGCUCGGCCAAUCACAGAUCACAAAACCAAAGCAGAUUUCACUCAGCGUUGGUGUUCUCUUAAUGAUGGAAUGUUCAACUACUUUAAGAGUGAACAGAGUCACAAUAAGUGUGGUGGCAUGAAGACCAGUGAAAUCAUCUGCGUGUCUGUCAACAGCCCAGGGAAACAUGGCUAUGAAUACACAUUUGAGCUGUACUCAGAGGAGGGGAGAGUCUACCUAUUUGGAUCUGAUGAUGGCAGCAUUGUGAAGAACUGGAUCCGAACUAUUGCCAUGGCUGUGCUGCCUCCUGCACUGUUUGAUGUGUGUGGAACCUGUGAACGUCUGGGUCGCCUGCGCUGCGCUGAGGGCAAUCAUGGCAUUGGUUGGUUUUGCUUGAGCGGCUUCAAACUGCAGGUGUUACUGGAAGACAAUGUACAAACAAUCGACCUCCGCAAGCUAGUCACACUUAAUUUCUCUGACAGUGCUGGCUCCAUGGUGCUUGUUUGGAGAGGUGGGCCUCUGCAUUUGCUGGCUGACCGCAGGCCUCAUUUUGUGGGCUGGCAGACCUUCAUUCAGCAGAGAUCUGGUGCUGGAGAUCAGCCACUAUCACAACAGCAACUCACUGAAGUGGGUGUCCCUGUGACUGUUGACCGUUGCCUGGACCAUAUAACACGUAACGGACUUAUGUCAUCAGGAAUCUACCGAAAGAGUGGCAUUAAUUCUCGUGUGACCAAACUGCUGGAGAGGUUUCAAAAUGAUGCACGAAGUGUAACAAUGCUUGAGUCAGACUAUUCUGUGGAUGACAUGGCUAACACGCUGAAACGAUUUCUCAGGGAGGUUAAAGAUGGAGUGUUUAAUGGACAAGAAAACAGCGACAGCUGGCUUAGAGCAGCAGGUCUGAAGGACAGAGGUGAGAAGGUUCAUAGAUACCAGAUUCUCCUUUCAAACCUCCCAGAAGUUAACAGAGAAACACUCAAAGCACUCAUACACCACCUGGUUUGCGUUCAGCACCUGUCUGAUGAGAAUCAGAUGACUAUACGAAACCUUGGUAUCGUAUUCGGUCCAACACUUUUUCAGACUGAUGGAAAAGAUGUCACAGGAUCUCAGGUGGUGGAGGAACUGAUCCAAAACUACUGCAGCAUUUUUAAUGUCUCAGAGUCAGACCUUCAGAGGCAGCUAAACAUGACAUCUGAAAUCCUGAAUAAGCACAAGUCCCAGAGGCCCUUAAGUCGAACUCCUUCCAGCACCAUUUGUGCUGUUUACCUAGAGAAGAUAGAUGAGGGUGCGGAGGUGCUUGUUCAGAUUGCAGCAGAUAUGACAGUAGUCAAGUUGGUUUCUGUGGUUUUGGAGCUUAAAGGAAUUCAGCAGGCCAAUGAAGAAUUCUGGAGCUGCUAUGAAGUUCUAGAGAAAGACAAAAUGGAGAGAACGCUGCAUUACCAGGAAAGAGUGCUGCCAAUCUAUUUCUCUCUUAGUUGUCAGUCUCACCUGCUGAUCAAGAGGAAUCACUUUAUCUUCAGCAUCAUGAGGUUCCUGGAGGAUAUAGAGAAUCUAUGUAAAAGUGGACCAUUGCGUGUUUGUGAGUUUAAAAAUGAAAGUAGCAAGAACUUCCACACUCGUCACUGUGAGCUUUCUGGCACCACCUUUAAACUGCACAAGGAACUGCAGGGUUCUCCAUGUGAGAGAGAAUAUCCUGUGAAAGAGCUCAAGCUCUAUCAUGGUUGCCGGAGCAAACUGCAUCCACCCACACCAUGGGGACUUACACUAAUUCAUGACAAGCAGCAGUGGUAUCUGUGCUGUGAGAAUGAGGAUGAAUUGACUGAAUGGACCGCCACAUUUUACAGCAUCCAGUAUAAUGGUGACAUCUGGCCCUCCUGGUGAAAAAACUGAAAGCAGCAGAUGGGUUGGAUAACUGAAAUUGCUUCUGAUGGAAGAAACUAAAAAGAAGAAAAAAUGAAUUAAUACUGGCUAAUGUGACAUGAUGAAAUUCCUCUUUAAUUCCUGUAUCUUUGGCAACAAUUCCUCUAAGUAUACCCUUGUUUUGUCCAUUAUUCUGAAUGUUAUGUACUGUAUGCUGAGUUAAAUGCAUACUGUUUUAAACAAAAUUUCCAGUACGGAUUUAGAGAGUAUUAAAAACAAUUGUGUUUCAAAGAUACAUGCGUCUUAAGGGCUUGAAACAACAUGAGGGUGAGUACUGUUUUGUUAAGAACUGGCAGAUGAACAUUUUAUUCAUUUUAUUUAUUUAUUGCCAUAACCUACACUCUUAAAAAUAAAUGUGUUUGCAGAUAGAAGAACCAUGCCAUAGAAGAACCAUUUUAGUUCCCCAAAGAACCUUUAACUGAAUAGCUCCUUUUUGAAGAACAUUUUAAAAAUCUUAAAAGAUUAUUUUUAAGAGUAUUGUUGUUUGAAUUUUUGCUUGGUGAGCUCAUCAACAGUGAUAACAUACAUUGAGAAAAACAACACACAUUUAUAAAUGCAUAUCAGAUUUUUGCCCAAGUCCUGAAAGUAGACAAAGAGAACUCAAUAAGAAACAAAUAAGACAAAUAUCAUUUUCUUUGUCAUUUAUUUAUUCAGGAAAAUGAUCUAAUAUUACAUAUCCAUGAGUGGCAACAAUUGAAUCUUUAAGACUAACUGUUAACUUGAAAAUAAAAUUAGAGUCCAUGUGUUCAGAGGUUUUUUUCAAACAGUGGAAUGACUAUCAGUUAUCAGUGUUCCAGUGCCCAUUCACAUCCCUGUGCUACCCGGAGAGACUGACCAUUCACUUGCUUCACGUGCUUUUCGCUAUUGUCUGGACACUACACAAUGUGUCACUACAAACUGUUUAUACUGCACUUGCAAACCAAAUCCUGUUUUGACAGAACAAUCUGACCACACAGGAUGGAAACACAGGUGUUAAAUAGCUGAGCGAAUGAGCUAUAGCUGGCGCAAAUCACACUAACAAUCACAGCGAGAAUGAAUCUGUGAAUCCAUGAACCGUGACAAGGAGGACCUCAGAAAAAGAUCUCUAAAGAUU